UGGAAAAGUGAAAUUAGGUCCCUGAUCUCUCGCUUCAAUCGUGCGUAACUUGAAAAUAAACAUCCAGGAUAUGUGACGGAAUAUAUUAAAGGACGAACAAUGUACCAUAGACGUCGUACAAAACAAUUUACUUAAAUUAUUUGCCGAGAUAUGCAUAAAAACGAGGUUAAAAACAAAACAAGCUAAGUUUACUCCAAAAAUGUAAACAUGCGAUUCAUGGCGCAUGGGAUUUUACUCCAAGUUUUGAUCAGUGUUUUCUUGAUGACAGCGACUAUGGCAAGUAACGGAGGACUUCUCUCUAGUACUUUAUUCACAUUCCAAGAACGUGCGUGUGAAGGUGAUCAUCUCCAUAUAAGGUGUCCCGAGGGGACAACGAUCAGUGUGCAAUUCGCCCAAUAUGGCCGCCAAAUUCCUAGUCACCAACUUUGCCCUCCAAGGUCAUCUGGGGGUCAAGGUCAACAUAGUUCAAAUGUCAAGGUCAACUGGAAUGAAGAUACAAACUGCAUAUCACCAUCAUCCCUCCAGGUUCUGCUUGAUGAAUGCCAAGACCAGCGGAAAUGCCAUGUUCAAGCAAGUACCCCCACAUUUGGGCCAGAUCCCUGCCGAGGGACGAGCAAGUAUUUAGAGGUUGCCUAUAAAUGUCGACCUAAUGAAUUCCACAGUCGUAUAACAUGUGAAGGGGAGAAGAUGCAAUUAUGGUGUGAAAAAUCGACACGUAUAGCGGUAUAUUCAGCCAUGUUUGGGAGAGGGGAGCAUGGGACACUGGAAUGUCCCGCUACUUCUAGAGGAUCAAAAAUAGAGUGCCAAUCAGACUACACGCUAGAAGAAGUGAUGCAGCGUUGCCAUGGGAAACGGAAGUGUCGUUUACCCGCAAGUGAAGCAAUAUUUGGGGAUCCCUGCACUAGGGGAACCCAAAAGUACCUAAAUGUUGUAUAUACAUGUGUGCCUAAAAAGAUACUAAAGUCCCUACAAAGGACAAGAAUCCCCAGUGACACAAGUCCCUCAACCAUAGGACUACCCGCCAGUGACACACAGAGGGUUAAACCAGAUAGUGUCCCAGGGCGAAGAAAACAUAAUAAAAAACGUCGCAGAAAGAAGAACAAAAAUCGGAAAAAUAGAAAGAAAAAUCGAAACAGAGAUAAAUCUAGAAGUGUCAAAAAGGAUAAAGAUCGGGGAAUUGAAAAUGGUGAAGCGGGUUUCUUCCCCGAAAUAUCAACAGUUAACUUGAAGAAUGUCCUUACGUAUACAACUGCCCCUGCUGUUAAAGACCAGCCGAGUGUACGAACUACGAAUACUACAAAAUUAAACUGUAUGAACGAGACAACGGGUAUCUCUAUAUCAGCCUCUAAAAGUAGGGAUGGCAUUGGGUUCCUCACAAACUGGAUCAGCACGGCUAAGUUCCUUGGAGAAAACAAAGAGAAGUUCAUUCUAUAUUUCACAGUAUCCAUGGUCCUGGGCCUCGCUCUGUUACUUCUAAUCAUUAUAUUUCGUCUCGUCUAUUUACGACGACGUGACGCAUCUCAGGGAAAAUUAGACGUUACGGAGCCAAUCCCGAGUCCUCUACACACAUUACGCCCAAACUGUAGCAUACGUAUGCGAGUUGACGAUAGGACGUUCACGUCAGACACAUCGCGGUCUGACCAAACAGAUAAUGGCACAGAUACACUGCGUCAAAAUAGUCACGCACAGACUCUCAGGAAUGAAUUUAGGGGUACGACAUUUAGAAAUGACUACGGCAAUGGAGUGUAUGAAAAUUCAAAUUCAAAUGCAUUUAGGAAUGAUUUCCGGAAUGAUAGUUUAAGAAGAGAUCCCGGCACAAUGAGGAGCUUGAAUCACUACUACGGUUGAGAUGAUCCCCUUUACGAUUGGAGUAUUUAAGAUGACCCCUCUAGGCAGAGCCUAAGUGCGCCCCUCUGGGUAUCUAUCUAUAGCCAGUAGUUUAGAGUACCCUGUAAAUGUCAUGGGAAUACAUUACUCUGGUGUGUAAAAAGCCCCAUUUGCAAUAUGUGUUUGGGGAGCAAGCCUUUCCCAUUUGCAAUGUGUUUAGGGAUUCAGGAGUUUUGAGAUCACCCCUUUGGUAGGGAAUAUGCUAAGAGAAUCCCUUUGGGAUGAUUGUACAGAGAGGAAAUCUAAUGCAUGUUCACAUACAAGGUAGCAUACAUGUAUUAAAUCAUGCAAUACAGUAUUUGAAACAAAGUACGGGAAUGUGUUCAGUAUUCAGUGAAUACCUCUUGAGGCGUUGAAGUCUAAGUAAUCCAAGUAUUCGUUAUCAAAGAAUACCUCACAAAACUGCAUGAUAUGAAGUUACAGUAUGUCACAAGAAUGGUGGCUAGAUGGGGGGGGGGGGUUCCAGGGUCUUGAAGUAAGACUAGGUGGCUAGGUCAAACAGAAUGAUGAUAUAUCACAAAAUUGAACUGAACAAAUGAUAACAUGCCAUGAAC